AUGUCAGAUCAAGAAGGACGCACCUAUCCAAAGUUCGCAGACCUACCCCUCCGGAACGGGGAUCCGCCAGGUUCAGCAUGGGGCCUCUACGGCCCGUAUGAUCAACUCGGCCGUCUAAACCUCUUGACCAAAAAUGUCGUCCGUAAAGCAGCACAAAGCCAGAUCCUAACAGACUGCAAGUUCGACAAUAUAUCACAACUACUGAAAGAUCGACAACCAUAUCGCCAUGAGAUCAUCCAGUUAGAGCCCGGACGUGUACUUCACGAUGUCGUCGAAUUCAGCACACAGGGUGGAAGCCAAUGGGACGGUUUCCGCCACGUCUCAUACAGUAACGGGCUCUUCUACGGUGGAAUAACAAUGGACGAAAUGCUCUCAUGCGGCCUCAACGGAAUGCACAACUGGGCUCGCAAAGGCAUCGUGGGCCGCGGCGUCCUCCUCGAUUAUUACGGCUACAACCCAACCUACGACCCAUUAUCCCCGUCUCCAAUCUCGUCGCCUGCGCCAAGGCCCACGGUAUCGACUUCGCGCCAGGAGACGUCCUCUUCCUCCGCACCGACUUCGUCUCCGCACACAACUCUCUCCCCAACCACGAUCGACCCGCUUGCUUCGCCGAAGGCGCAGGACUCGAACAAAGCAAGGAAGCAUUUGGAUAUGGAAUCCGCAGUUCGCUGCCGUGGCGACUGAUUCUCCGGCUUUCGAGCGGUGGCCGGCGCCGGAGCGAGUUGCGCCUAUACAUGAGACGAUGAUUGCUGGGUGGGGAAUGCCGAUAGGGUUUGACUCUGCACUAGAAGGUGGCGUAGGUGAAGUGCUAACCGGGCUUGUAGGGGAAUCGAUCAAUCUGGAAGAGUUGAAGUGUGUAAGACGGAGGGCCAGUGGACAUU